UCUGUGUCUCUGUUACUCUGUGCGUCUCCAUGUAACUGUGUGUGUGUCUGUGACUCUCUGUGACUCUGUGUCUGCGUGUGUGUAUCUAUGUGUAACUCUGUUUGUUACUGUGUCAAAACAGCUAUGCACUUCGCUCUUCUUCUAUUGGCCAACGUGAGACUCCUAGAAAACAGAUUUGCGGGGAAAAAUAAUUAUCAGAUUGAAAAAUCAGGGCGGGUUAAAAAGAGAAAAGGCAAAAGAGUGAAGCACGGGGACUGAGUGAUGUGAACAAGACAGUCUGCGACGGAGAGACACCGAGGGACAGCGUUUUGAGAAAGUUCAGUCCUACAGCUCUGGGAGUUCACACUCCGGGUCCAGUUUACACAGGAACAGGAGCAGAUCCCGCUUCCAGACUGCCAGUAAUCUCAAUGGAGGAACUUUCUGGAACCUUGUUGAAACCUUUAGAUCUUUCACGAUGCCACGAUCAUUCCUGGUGAAAAUAAGGAAAGCCAACACCUAUCACCAGCCCCGGUAUGCCGAUGAUGAAGUGUGUCUCAAACUGGAGCCAGUACCAUCACCUCCUAUCAAUUCACCCAUUUGGUCUCCAGCACAAUGUAUGGACCCCAGCGCUGGGGUGAAAGUUCAUGACACUGGGCCUCAGCAGGAGGAGCCUCCAUGGGAGAACAAUGCAGCCUUUGAGAGGGCGUCUCCAUGUCACAUGACUAAAGACACCACCCACACCUUCGCUUCAGUGUCAGGCUCUUUGACUCCACGGUACCCCAGCAGUAAGGAUCUGCUCUCUUCAGCCUCCGCACCCGGCUUCCCCUGGGACACGUUACAAAAUGUGUACGAUUUCUGCCAUCUCUCCUCUAGCUUUCCAUCCUCCCUCCUGAUGGGCACGACUGAUUUGUAUGGCUCCCGGAUUUCAAGCCCAGUGGAAGUUGACCAGCCCAUCGACUACAGCACCCAUUACGCCUCAGAAUCCAACUCUUACAACUGCAUCAAGUGUAACAAGGUCUUCUCCACAGCCCACGGCCUGGAGGUCCACGUCAGGAGGUCACAUAGCGGGAUGCGACCCUUCGCCUGUGAUCUGUGUGGGAAAACGUUUGGCCAUGCAGUCAGCCUGGAGCAGCACAUGAACAUCCACUCACAGGAAAGAAUCUUUGAAUGUAAAAUGUGUGGGAAAAGCUUCAAGAGGUCGUCCACAUUGUCCACCCACCUGCUGAUUCACUCAGACACACGGCCCUACCCCUGUCAGUACUGUGGAAAACGCUUCCACCAGAAGUCAGACAUGAAGAAGCAUACCUACAUUCAUACAGGCGAGAAGCCCCACAAGUGCCAGGUGUGUGGGAAGUCGUUCAGUCAGAGCUCCAACCUCAUCACCCACAGCCGCAAACAUUCUGGCUUCAAACCUUUUGGCUGUGAGCUGUGCACCAAAGGCUUCCAGCGCAAGGUGGAUCUCCGGCGUCACCGUGAGACCCAGCAUGGCCUGAAGGGUUAAGAGCUGACAGUGAUCCAACACUUGCGGUGGUGAGGGGUGGGGGGUGGAUGGGGGGUUAGAGGUGCAGGAGGCUCUCCAGCCAGCCAACAAUGACCGUUCUGGAAUGACCAACAGCCUCCACCUCACCCACCCCUCCACACAAAAACUACCAGCUGGACGGAGAGAUUCAAAUGGAGAAUCGCGGUUAUUAAACCGAGCGAAAAUGGACCACGCCAGGAAGCAACAUCUGACCCUUCUUUGCUCUCUCCCUUCUUACCCCCUUCUGCCAUCAUUUCAGAGACAGUCCGUGUGUGAUUUCUGAAUGAACAUUGCUUUAAUCAGAUCCCCCUUGAUGGACAAGCCGAGCGAUUUUCAUCCUCUUCUUCAAAUCUCUCUCAAGGGCAGUUAGGGACGGGCAAUGAAUGAUGGUCUCUCCAGCGAUGCCCACAUCACAUGAAUGAAUAAAAGGAAUGGUCUUACACGCCUCCCUGACUCAGUGACCUCCUCCAGCCCUACAACCCUCCAAUGUCUCUGCAAUUCUCCACUUUCCGACCUCUUGUGCAUCCCACAAUCCCAUCGCCUCACCAAUGGUGACCGUGCCUUCAGCGGUCUCGACCCUAAGCUUUGGAAUUAUCUCCUUAAACCACUCCACCUCUCUCUCCACCUUUAAGGCACUCUUCAAAAUCUACCUCUUGAACCAAGGACAAGCCUUUAGUCACCUGUUCUAAUAUUCUCUUAUUUUGGUCAGUGUUAAAUUUUCUCAGGCUGCAUCCCUGUGAAACACUUUGGGGUAUUUUAUUAUCAUAAAGGUUCUAUAUAAAGGCAAA